UAUUCAUGUAAGUGUUAGAUUAUAAAACUUUGAUGCUGAUAUUUCUAUAUCACAUAUGUCGGAAUGCUCUUUACAUAAAAAGUCUUUUCAUCUCACAAGUCUCUAUAGUGGUGCUGAAUUGCUCAUCACUUUGAAAUAAGGUGCUAUUUGAUACAUUUUUUUUCCUUUUCCUCAAUCUUUUUUCAACUUCUUCCGGCUGAUUCAGUCAGUCUCUCAUCAAAUUUAUCCCAUUGAAAUAUCCCUUACUUUUCAUCUCACAUAAGAAAGUGAUUUUAGUAGAAAGCAUGGAAGAAGAAGAAGAAGCAGCAACAACAAGAGGGUCACUACUUCUCAAACAAAAGCUUGAUAAUAAUGAUCAAUGGAGCAGUAGUGAUCAUGGUGGUAUGCAGCUAAGUGAAUCCUUAUCAACCACCACACCUAUUGUUGUGCUUAGCACAUUAGCGGCCGUAUGUGGAUCAUUUACUUUUGGAAGUGCAGUGGGAUAUUCUUCACCAUCCGAAUCUGGAAUUGAGGAUGACCUUGGCCUUACUUCAGCGGAGUAUUCAAUUUUUGGUUCAAUAUUGACAAUUGGAGCAAUGUUAGGUGCAGUAUUUAGUGGGAAAAUUGCGGAUUUCAUUGGUAGGAAAGGUGCAAUGGGAGUUUCAGAAACAUUCUGCAUCCUCGGGUGGCUUGCAAUAGUAUUUGCAAAGGAUGCUUGGUGGCUUGACCUUGGAAGAUUUUUGGUGGGAUGUGGAAUUGGGAUUCUUUCUUAUGUGGUUCCUGUUUAUAUUGCUGAAAUUACACCUAAGAAUGUUAGGGGAUCAUUUACAUCACUUAGUCAGUUGAUGAUAGGUUGUGGCAAGGCUCUCACAUUUCUUAUUGGUUCUCUUGUCAAUUGGCGCACCUUGGCUCUAAUAGGAAUCAUUCCGUGUCUAGCACAUCUGCUUGGUCUAUUUUUCAUUCCUGAGUCUCCUAGAUGGUUGGUGAGUCCAGUUCAAUGUAUUCUUGAUUUCUUUUUCAAGUUGGCUUUUACAUGGUGCAUUAACCAAGAAGGGAGCAAAUUUUGCUUAUUCUUCUUUUUCCUGGCCAAAUGUGGACGUUUAGAAGAGUUUGAAGUUAGGCUGCAAUUCCUUAGGGGAGAAAAUGCUGAUAUUUCUCAAGAAGCAGCUGAUAUCAUUGAAUAUACCGAAAACUUUCGAUGGAUAUCUGAAGAUGGAGUUCUGCACCUAUUCCAGGGAAAAUAUGCUUAUUCAAUCAUAGUUGCAGUUGGGCUGAUGGCAUUUCAAGAAUUUGGAGGACUUAAUGGGUUUGCAUUUUAUACAAGUUCUAUAUUUGAGUCAGCAGGUUUUUCAAGUAAGAUUGGGACUAUAUUAGCAGCAGUUGUUCAGAUUCUAAUGACAACUUUAGGAGUACUCUUGAUAGAUAAGUGUGGAAGACGACCACUUCUAAUGAUAUCUGCGACUGGAGCUUGCUUAGGUUGUGUCCUCACUGGAUUCUCAUUCUUCUUGCAGGAUCUGCAAAGAGGGAAGGAGCUCAUUCCCAUUUUGGUGCUUAUUGGUGUGUUGGUAUACUUGGGCUCUUUUGAGCUAGGCAUGGGAGGAAUACCAUGGAUUAUUAUGUCUGAGAUAUUUCCAAUAAAUAUAAAGGGUUUAGCUGGAAGCCUUGUGACAUUGGUCAGCUGGACUGGUUCUUGGGUUGUUUCUUACACUUUCAACUAUUUAUUUGAGUGGAGCUCAGCAGUUAUAUGCGGUGUGGGAAUUUUAUUUAUUGGUAAAAUAGUUCCAGAGACUAAGGGGCGCACACUAGAAGAAAUCCAAGCAUCAUUUACUCAUAUCCAGCAAUAAAUUUUUUUUUUUUUGGUGUUAUAUGUCAUCAAUCACCAAUGUAUCUAAUCACAAUUAGAUAAGUUUGAAAAUGCAAUCACAUAAGGACAAUAGCCUUUAAGGACAA